CUCUGGGGCCGCUGCUCAGAGGCCCCGCGCCCAGAGCCUCUGGCCUGGAGCGGAGUGCCCAGCAGGGCUGUGGGCGCCUCUCCCACUCUCUAGUCACCCCCGACCUGGGCAAACCUGGACUCCGGUUCCUUGUCCUGCACUGGUCCUGGGAUGUUCACCCCUUUUUGGGCUGCCCCACUUCCUGCCCCCCAAGACUGGGCUCCCUCCUGCUGCAGACGCCGUGAUGGUGUGUCGAGUGCCCGCUGCAUGCAGAGGUCACUGUACUGAGCGUCUGGGGGAGACUUCAGACACACACGCAUAUUCCUCGCCCACAGGGAGCUUCCACUCAUGGGGGUUUUGGUGUCCCGGGUCUGGCCGGAGCAGUCUUUCCCUCCCCUUCCUCCCUCCCUCUCUUUUUUCCUCCCUCCCCUGCUUCAAGAUGGUUCCAGCAGUGGGCACCUCACCGGCUGGAAGGCCUGAGCCGGGCCCAGUUGCCGGGGCAGGGCCGAGCCCCCUGUUUCUGCGGGUCGGGUCAGCCCAGGGGCUGGUGGAGGUUGGGGUGAGAGGUGUGCGGGUUCAGGGAGCAGGUGGCCAGAAAGCAGGCGGCAGCUAAAGCUGAGGUAAACCGGGUGGGGGAAGGCCUCCUGCCCCCUAAUGCCCUCCAAAUCCUCCCGGGCUAGCCCUGGGCAAGGGCUCGGAACCACCCCCGUGGCAAGGCCGGAGAGAAGAGCGGUCCAGGGCUUCCCACCCCACCCCCGGAGAUUCUCUGACCCCGCCGCCGGCCUUACCUCCCCAUGCCCGCCCCAGGCAGGAACGACUGCCACGUGGCGGCCAGGGGUUUGUACCAGGCUCCCGGCCCACCCCCCGGCCCGGCUCUUUCUCCCCGAGAGCUGAGCCUUCCUCCCCACUUGCUUUGAGCCUUCACACGAUGCACCGUCCCAGAUGGCUGCUGCUGCUGCUGCUGCUGCUGACUCUGGUGGGGGUCCCGGCCCCCGGAGGGGCGGGCGAGGAGGCCGUGGGAACGGGAGGACCCCUGGCAGAUGAGGAGGCCAACGGGCCGGGGAGCCCCCCUGCGGAUGAGGUCCUGGAAGAGGGUGACAUCCUCGUUCUGCACCGCCACAACUUUGAUCGGGCCCUGCGGGCACAUCCAUACCUGCUGGUGGAGUUCUAUGCCCCGGGGUGCGGGCACUGCCAGGCGCUGGCCCCCGAGUUCUCCAAGGCGGCCGCCCUGCUGAAGAACGUGUCGUCUGAGCUGCGCCUGGCCAAGGUGGACGGCGUGGUGGAGAAGGAGCUGAGCGAGGAGUUCGCCGUCGGCAGCUUCCCGGCUCUUAAACUCUUCAAGCUUGGCAACCGAUCGGACCCCGUGGACUAUUCAGGGCGCAGGGAGGCGGGGGCCAUCGUGCGCUGGCUGCUGCGCAAAGCCGGGCCCAGCACCACCCUCCUGGAGGACGAGGCCACGGCCGCCCGCUUCAUCGACUCGCAGGACCCCGUCAUCGUCGUCGUCGGAUUCUUCUCGGACCUGCAAAGCGACAACGCGGCCGUGGUCACCACCAUAGCGGAGGACGCCGUGGACUUCUCCUUUGGCCUCACGGACCGGCCCGAGCUCUUCCAGAAAUACGGGGUCUCGCGGGACACCGUCGUCCUGUUCAAGAAGUUUGAUGAGGGCCGGGUGGACUUCCCGGUGGACGGAGAUCUGGACCUGGAGGAGUUUUCCCAGUUCCUGCUGAGCCACAGCCUGGAGCUGGUCAUGGAGUACAACAGCCAAACAUCCUCCAAGAUCUUUGAGGCAAAGGUCCUCAACCACAUGCUGCUCUUCGUCAACCAGACGCUGGACUCCCACCGGGCUCUGCGGCCGGCCUUCUACGAGGCCGCUGCGCCCUUCCGCGGGCAGGUGCUGUUUGUGGUGUUGGACGUGGCAGGGGACAACAACCACGUGCUGCAGUACUUCGGCAUGAACGCCACGGCCGUCCCCACCCUGCGCUUCAUCAACGUCGAGACCACCAGGAAGUACAUGCCCCAGCCGGGCCCCGUCACCGCAUCCUCGGUCACCGCCUUCUGCCAGGACGUGCUCGGGGGCAAAAUCAAGCAUUACCUCAAGAGUCAGGAGAUCCCCCCAGAUUGGGACCAACGGCCAGUCAAGGUCCUGGUGGGCAAGAACUUCGAGCAGGUGGCCUUCGACGAGACCAAGAACGUGUUUGUGAAGUUCUCCCGUCCGCAGAUGCCCCGUGGUGUACCCACUGCCAGGAGAUGGCCCAGGUCUGGGAGGAGCUGGCGGGCAAGUACCAGGAGGAUGAGGGCCUCCUCAUCGCCGAGCUCGACUCCACCGCCAAUGAGCUCGAAGCCUUUCCUAUCUCUGGCUUCCCGACUCUCAAGUAUUUCCCUGCCGGGCCGGGGAGAAAGGUGGUGGAGUAUAAAGGUGCCCGGGACCUGGAGGCCUUUUCCAAAUUCCUGGACAGCGGUGGCGUCCUGCCAACUGAGGAGCCCAAGCCCUCGGAAAUGGGGACUAACAGCUCGGACGGGAGCAAAGAUGAACUGUGAAGAACCUCUCCCCUCCGGCCCCCCCGAGAGGGUCCUCGCCUUCCCCUCUGGGGGUGACCCUCUCUGAGGGGGGGCCUCCCCAGGACCGAGGGGGCUUCAGCCGGCAAAUAAAACAU